AUGGCCCGCGCCCAGGCUCUCGUUCUGGCGCUUACCUUCCAGCUCUGCGCGCCCGAAACAGAGACUCCGGCAGCCGGCUGCACCUUCGAGGAGGCAAGUGACUCAGCUGUGCCCUGUGAGUACAGCCAGGCCCAGUACGACGACUUCCAGUGGGAGCAGGUGCGGAUCCACCCUGGUACCCGGGCUCCUGCGGACCUGCCCCACGGCUCCUACUUGAUGGUCAAUGCUUCCCAGCAUGCCCCGGGCCAGCGGGCCCAUGUCAUCUUCCAGAGCCUGAGCGAGAAUGACACCCACUGUGUGCAGUUCAGCUACUUCCUGUACAGCCGAGAUGGGCACAGCCCAGGCACGUUGGGUAUCUACGUGCGGGUCAAUGGAGGUCCCCUGGGCAGCGCUGUCUGGAACAUGACUGGAUCCCAUGGCCGUCAGUGGCACCAGGCUGAGAUGGCUGUCAGCACCUUCUGGCCCAAUGAAUAUCAGGUGCUGUUUGAGGCCCUCAUCUCCCCAGACCGCAGGGGCUACAUGGGCCUCGAUGACAUCCUGCUCCUCAGCUACCCCUGCGCAAAGGCCCCGCACUUCUCCCGCCUGGGCGACGUGGAGGUCAACGCCGGCCAGAACGCCUCCUUCCAGUGCAUGGCUGCGGGCCGAGCCGCGGAGGCGGAGCGUUUCCUCCUGCAGCGGCAGAGCGGGGCGCUGGUGCCCGCGGCCGGCGUGCGGCACAUCAGCCACCGUCGCUUCCUGGCCACCUUCCCGCUGGCCGAGGUGGGCCGCGAAGAUCAGGACCUGUACCGCUGUGUGUCCCAGGCCUCGCGUGGCGCGGGCGUCUCCAACUUCGCAGAGCUCAUCGUCAAGGAGCCCCCGACUCCGAUUGCACCCCCGCAGUUGCUGCGCGCGGGUCCCACCUACCUCAUCAUCCAACUCAACACCAACUCCAUUAUUGGCGACGGGCCGAUAGUGCGCAAGGAGAUUGAGUACCGCAUGUCGCGCGGCCCGUGGGCAGAAGUGCACGCCGUCAACCUGCAGACCUACAAGCUCUGGCACCUGGACCCCGACACCGAGUACGAGAUCAGCGUGCUCCUCACUCGCCCGGGUGAGGGUGGCACCGGCCGCCCCGGGCCUCCCCUGGUCAGCCGCACGAAGUGCGCAGAACCCAUGCGGGCCCCCAAAGGCCUGGCUUUCGCUGAGAUCCAGGCCCGCCAGCUGACCCUGCAGUGGGAGCCGCUGGGCUACAAUGUGACGCGGUGCCACACCUACACCGUGUCCCUGUGCUAUCACUACACCCUGGGCAGCAGCCACAACCAGACGGUCCGGGAGUGUGUGAAGAUGGAGCGGGGGGUCAGCCGCUACACCAUCAAGAACCUGCUGCCCUACCGGAAUGUUCACGUGCGCCUCGUCCUCACGAACCCCGAGGGACGCAAGGAGGGCAAGGAGGUCACCUUCCAGACGGACGAGGACGUGCCUGGCGGGAUCGCAGCGGAGUCUCUGACCUUCACGCCCCUGGAGGACAUGAUCUUCCUCAAGUGGGAGGAGCCGCAGGAACCCAAUGGCCUCAUCACUCAGUAUGAGAUCAGCUACCAGAGCAUCGAGUCAUCAGACCCGGCGGUGAACGUGCCAGGCCCACGACGUACCAUCUCCAAGCUCCGCAACGAGACCUACCACGUCUUCUCCAACCUGCACCCAGGCACCACCUACCUCUUCUCUGUGCGGGCCCGCACGGGCAAAGGCUUCGGGCAGGCAGCGCUCACGGAGAUCACCACCAACAUCUCAGCCCCCAGCUUUGAUUAUGCUGACAUGCCGUCGCCCCUGGGAGAGUCUGAGAACACCAUCACCGUGCUGCUGAGGCCUGCACAGGGCCGUGGUGCGCCCAUCAGCGUGUACCAGGUGAUUGUGCAGGAGGAGCGCCCGCGGAGGCUACGGCGGGAGCCCGGCAGCCAGGACUGCUUCCCAGUGCCGCUCACGUUUGACGCCGCGCUGGCCCGCGGCCUGGUGCACUACUUCGGGGCCGAACUGGCCGCCAGCAGUCUGCCUGAGGCCAUGCCCUUCACCGUGGGUGACAAUCAGACCUAUCGCGGCUUCUGGAACCCACCGCUCGAGCCCAGGAAGGCUUACCUCAUCUACUUCCAGGCAACAAGCCACCUGAAGGGGGAGACCCGGCUGAAUUGCAUCCGCAUCGCCAGGAAAGCUGCCUGCAAGGAAAGCAAGCGGCCCCUGGAGGUGUCCCAGAGAUCGGAGGAGAUGGGGCUCAUCUUAGGCAUCUGUGCUGGGGGACUUGCUGUCCUCAUACUCCUCUUGGGGGCCAUCAUUAUCAUCAUCCGCAAGGGGAAGCCCGUGAACAUGACCAAGGCCACCGUCAACUACCGCCAAGAGAAGACGCACAUGAUGAGCGCUGUGGACCGGAGCUUCACGGACCAGAGCACCCUGCAGGAGGAUGAGCGGCUGGGCCUGUCCUUCAUGGACGCCCAUGGCUACAGCCCCCGGGGGGACCAGCGUGGCGGCGGGGUCACGGAGGCCAGCAGCCUUCUGGGGGGCUCACCGCGGCGUCCGUGUGGCCGGAAGGGCUCCCCGUAUCACACGGGACAGCUGCAUCCUGCGGUGCGUGUGGCCGACCUCCUGCAGCACAUCAACCAGAUGAAGACUGCCGAGGGCUAUGGCUUCAAGCAGGAGUACGAGAGCUUCUUUGAAGGCUGGGAUGCCACAAAGAAGAAAGACAAGGUCAAGGGUGGCCGGCAGGAGCCCUUGCCUGCCUAUGAUCGGCACCGAGUGAAGCUCCACCCGAUGCUGGGCGACCCCGAUGCCGACUACAUUAACGCCAACUAUAUAGACGGUUAUCACAGGUCAAACCACUUCAUAGCCACUCAAGGGCCGAAGCCUGAGAUGGUCUACGACUUCUGGCGCUUGGUGUGGCAGGAGCACUGUUCUAGCAUUGUCAUGAUCACCAAGCUGGUGGAAGUGGGCCGGGUGAAAUGCUCGCGGUACUGGCCGGAAGACUCAGACAUGUAUGGGGACAUCAAGAUCACGCUGGUGAAAACGGAGACGCUCGCUGAGUAUGUUGUGCGCACCUUUGCCCUGGAGCGGAGAGGCUACUCUGCCCGGCACGAGGUCCGCCAGUUCCACUUCACAGCGUGGCCGGAGCACGGUGUCCCCUACCACGCCACGGGGCUGCUGGCCUUCAUCCGGCGCGUGAAGGCCUCCACCCCGCCCGAUGCCGGGCCUGUUGUCAUCCACUGCAGCGCGGGCACUGGCCGCACAGGGUGCUACAUCGUCCUGGAUGUGAUGCUGGACAUGGCCGAGUGUGAGGGCGUCGUGGACAUUUACAACUGCGUGAAAACCCUCUGCUCCCGGCGUGUCAACAUGAUCCAGACUGAGGAGCAGUACAUCUUCAUCCACGAUGCAAUCCUGGAGGCCUGCCUGUGUGGGGAGACCACCAUCCCUGUCAGUGAAUUCAAGGCUACCUACAAAGAAAUGAUCCGUAUUGACCCUCAGAGUAAUUCCUCCCAGCUGCGGGAAGAGUUCCAGACGCUGAACUCGGUCACGCCGCCGCUGGACGUGGAGGAGUGCAGCAUCGCCCUGCUGCCCCGGAACCGGGACAAGAACCGCAGCAUGGAUGUCCUGCCGCCCGACCGCUGCCUGCCUUUCCUCAUCUCCACCGACGGGGACCCCAACAACUACAUCAACGCGGCCCUGACGGACAGCUACACACGGAGCGCUGCCUUCAUCGUGACCCUGCACCCGCUGCAGAGCACCACGCCCGACUUCUGGCGGCUGGUCUACGACUACGGGUGCACCUCCAUCGUCAUGCUCAACCAGCUGCACCAGUCCAACUCCGCCUGGCCGUGCCUGCAGUACUGGCCAGAGCCGGGCCGGCAGCAGUACGGCCUCAUGGAGGUGGAGUUUGUGUCAGGCACAGCGGACGAAGACUUGGUGGCCCGUGUCUUCCGGGUACAGAAUAUCUCUAGGCUGCAGGAGGGGCACCUGCUGGUGCGGCACUUCCAGUUCCUGCGCUGGUCUGCGUACCGGGACACGCCUGACUCCAAGAAGGCCUUUCUGCACCUGCUGGCCGAGGUGGACAAGUGGCAGGCGGAGAGCGGGGACGGGCGCACUGUCGUGCACUGCCUAAAUGGGGGCGGCCGCAGCGGUACCUUCUGCGCCUGCUCCACGGUCCUGGAGAUGAUUCGCUGCCACAACCUGGUCGAUGUUUUCUUUGCUGCCAAAACACUUAGGAAUUACAAACCCAAUAUGGUGGAGACCCUGGAUCAGUACCACUUUUGCUAUGAUAUGGCCCUGGAGUACCUGGAGGGGCUGGAGUCAAGAUAGCAGGGGCCCCUGGCCUGGAGCACCCACUGUGCACUCAGGGCCAGGCCCGUCAUCCUGGACUGACGAGGAAGACCUGCAUCCCCAACUCUGCUCAACCCCAGCCCCCACAGGGAGACCACUGGAGCGGAUGACGGGCCAUCUCGGUGCUGCCUUCCGCGGUGGGCAGGGCCUUUUGCCAUGUACCAUGGGCAGGCUGGGGGCCAAGGAGCAGCUUAGCAAGACUGUAGCCCAGCCCACCUGUACAGGGUCCUGCUGGCCUGUGCUGAGAGGCCUGGUACUGCUUGGCAGAGGGACGGGGCUCAGAACUGCCUGCUCUAGGGGCCCAAGGCUCAGCCCCUUGACUGUAUCCCAGCCCUUGGUGGAGUGUGUACCAGGCCGGGGUUCCGCCCAGCAUGGCUUGACAUGAGUUCAGAGUACAUUGGGCCUUGGCAUCUGGAAUCCCGUCUGGCCCAGUUCCUGAGGGCCCCGGGGGGACUGGGUUCUGCCCUGCUUUGCUAGUGGGCACAUCAGACUGAGGCUCCCCAGGGGAAACUUCAGCCCCAUCCCCCUCCACCUGCUGCCCCCUGCGGCCCCUGGGAUAUUUUGGUCAUGAUCCUUCCCACUUUUGCUUCCCUGACAUGUGCUCUGAGCUUCCCUGAACCAGGAUCUGCCCAUCCCUACCGUGUCCGAUGUGGGGCCCCUUCCCUGCCUGACCCAAUGUCUGCAGAAUGAGACAUAACCUUAGUCCCCUCUGCCUAUAACUUUCUGGCCUCACCGGCCAGGUCCUGCUCAGCCUGGGCCAGUGACAAUCUGAACAACAGCCCCUGGGGUUGAGGUUCCUGUGGCUCCUGAUCAGGCUGCCAGACGGGGAGAGGGCACUGUUAGACCAGGGUUGCUUGCAACCCUUAGAGUUCAGAGGAAGAAGGUUUAUUUUGGGAUGGAGGAUCAAUGCUUUUUUGUUUAUUUUAUUUUUUGAUGUGUGGGUGGGAAGCUCUUGUUAAAAUGGGGCAGGCCACACCCCCAUUCCGUGCCUCUAUUUCCCCGUCUGUAAACUGUAGAUAUGACUACUGACCUACCUCGCAGGGGGCUGUGGGGAGGCAUAAGCUGAUAUUUGUAAAGUGCUUUGUAAAUAAAUGUGCUCUCUG